AUGCCUGAAAUAAAGGUCACACCACUCGGAGCCGGCCAGGAUGUUGGCCGCAGCUGUAUCCUUGUCUCUAUUGGUGGCAAGAACAUCAUGCUGGACUGUGGGAUGCACAUGGGCUUCAAUGAUGAUAGGCGAUUCCCGGACUUCUCUUAUAUCACGCAGAAUGGGCGGCUAACAGAAUUCUUGGACUGUGUGAUUAUCAGUCAUUUCCACCUGGACCACUGCGGCGCUCUCCCCUACAUGAGUGAGAUGGUGGGCUACGACGGACCCAUCUACAUGACGCACCCCACCAAAGCUAUCUGCCCCAUUUUGCUAGAAGACUUCCGUAAAAUCACAGUGGACAAAAAGGGAGAGACCAACUUCUUCACUUCCCAGAUGAUCAAGGACUGCAUGAAGAAAGUCGUACCUCUGAAUCUCCACCAGACGGUCCAGGUGGACGAGGAGCUGGAGAUAAAGGCCUACUAUGCAGGUCACGUUCUGGGGGCUGCUAUGGUGCAGAUCAAAGUGGGAUCCGAGUCUGUGGUAUACACUGGAGAUUACAACAUGACGCCAGACAGGCAUUUAGGGGCUGCGUGGAUUGAUAAGUGCCGUCCGGACCUCCUCAUCUCAGAGUCCACCUACGCCACAACCAUCCGAGACUCCAAGAGGUGCAGGGAGAGGGACUUCCUGAAGAAGGUUCACGAGACGGUGGAACGAGGGGGCAAGGUUCUUAUUCCAGUUUUUGCACUUGGGAGAGCACAGGAAUUGUGCAUCCUAUUGGAGACCUUUUGGGAGAGAAUGAACCUCAAAGCCCCCAUCUACUUCUCCACGGGAAUGACGGAGAAGGCCAACCAUUACUACAAGCUCUUCAUCACGUGGACCAACCAGAAGAUCCGCAAGACCUUUGUACAGAGGAACAUGUUUGAAUUCAAGCACAUCAAACCUUUUGACCGCUCCUACGCAGAUAACCCCGGACCUAUGGUGGUGUUUGCCACACCGGGUAUGCUGCACGCUGGCCAGUCGUUACAGAUCUUCAAGAAGUGGGCUGGCAACGAGAAGAACAUGGUAAUCAUGCCGGGGUAUUGUGUGCAAGGGACGAUCGGGCACAAGAUCCUGAACGGACAACGCAAACUGGAGCUCGAAGGGAGAUCAACGCUGGAGGUGAAGCUGCAGGUAGAGUACAUGUCGUUCAGCGCCCACGCGGACGCCAAGGGCAUCAUGCAGCUGAUCCGCAUGGCGGAGCCCCGCAACAUGCUGCUGGUGCACGGGGAGGCCGUCAAGAUGGAGUUCCUCAAAGGCAAGAUCGAACAGGAGUUCAGCAUAGACUGCUACAUGCCAGCUAAUGGAGAGACGACAACUGUGACUACAAAUCCCAAUGUCCCGGUCGAUAUUUCUCUAAACCUAUUAAAAAGAGAAAUGUCCCUCGGAGGUACCUUACCUGAUCCAAAGAAACCUCGCACCAUGCAUGGAACCCUGAUCAUGAAGGAGAAUAGCCUGAGGCUGGUGUCCCCGGAGCAGGCCAUGAAGGAGCUGGGCCUCAGCGAACACCACCUGCGCUUCACGUGCCGGGUGCAGCUCCAGGACCCGCACAGCGACGCAGACACCCUGCAUCGCAUCUACAUGCACCUGAAGAGUGUACUUAAAGGUUACACGACCCAACACCUCCCCGACAGCAUGUCUGUCAUGGUGGAGUCCAUCGUGGUGAAAGUGUCUUCCUCCACCGAAGACCCAAACACCAAGGUUCUGCUUCUGUCCUGGAGCUACCAGGAUGAAGACCUUGGAAGCUUCCUUUCCACCCUGCUUAAGAAGGGUCUUCCUUCGGUACUGUGCUAAGACAGCAAACUAACUGUCUUUUUAUAUUACAUUUCAUGUAUUAACAUCAGAUACACACAUUUUCUGUCCAACUGUAUUGAUAAUUUUUUUUUUUCUAUUGUACAGACCACCGUUUGAAUAAAUGUUUUUUGGGGGAAAAAACU